AAAGUAGAACAUAGAAAUAAUCUGUUCAGAAAGGCUAGUUUUGACCCCUCGAAUGACCAUUAUUUCUUGAUUAAAUGAACGUUUUUUUUAAUUAUUAGUUUUUUAUUUUCAGUGAAAAUAUACACAGCAAAGCAACUUUUACAUGUACAAUUCAUCGACAGUAAUUAUAUACUUCACAUCGUGUCACCAUCCUCCCUAUCCCUGCCUGUAUUGUUUCACCACUGUUAACUUAGACUCUCUGCCCCUUAAAGUUCUCAUCUGUGUUUUAUAGUUACUGUUGUCCAUGUGGGAAACCCUGGUGGCUUAGUGGUUGAGAGCUAUGGCUGCUAACCAAAAGGUUGGCAGUUCGAGUCCACCAGGCGCUCCUUGGAAUCCAUAUGGGAUAGUUCUACUCUGUCCUAUAGGGUCACUUUGAGUUGGAAUCGACUCGACGGCAGUGGGUUUGGUGUGGCUUUUUUGGUUGUCCAUUUUAUCUCAUAUAGAUAAUCCUUUAAAAGAGUGCGAUGCCCAAGGCAAACUUUAUUAAAGGAGGUAAAUUGUAGUUUAAAGAUGACUUCAUGGUAUAGUUUCAGUUCAAGGUUUAAAAGUUGUUUCCAGGCAAUAGAUUUGGGGUUCCUCCAAUCUCAAUGUAUCCAAUAAAUCUGGUUUCCAAUAAGAAUUUGAAGUUCUAUUCCACAUUUUUCCUCCUUUUGAUCAAGAUCCUUUGAUUGGGGCCUUGAUCAAAAUGUUAAAUGAACAUUUAUUGUGUGUCCACCAUGCCCAGUCCAGUCCCAGGUGUUUGGGAUUCAGUGUAGAAUAAGACAUGGCCCAUGACUUCAGGGUAUUGAUAACCUAGUUCCAAUGGAUUUUUCUUUAAUCCUCCUACAUGGCUGAAAAGGUAAAAGAAAAUGCUUGAGAAAUAAUUUUUUCCUGAAAAAAAAAUCUCACAUCUCUACUUUGUAUCUAGUGGAUGUGGUCUGUGAUAAUUCAGGUGGAGGCUGCCACACUGGGUUGUUUUCCUCUUCCUUGUUUCUAAGACCUGAGGGCCACUGUCUUAGUCAUCUAGCGCUGCUAUAACAGAAAUACCACAAGUGGUUGGUUUUAACAAAGAGAGGUUUAUUCUCUCACAGUCCAGGAGGCUAGAAGUCCAAAUUCAGGGCGUCAGCUCCAGGGGAAGGCUUUCUCUCAAUCUUCGCCUGGACUAGUAGCAAGAGGGAUCCCGUUGUCCUCUGCCUGGUUAACAGUGCUUUUUCUGAGAGCAAUCAGUAGACUGGAAAAGAAAGAAAAAGGAAGUAAAAUAGAUCCAGGCCUGGUUUCAUCGCCUUUCAAAGGAAAGUUCUUUUCCUGUUUUAAAAGGAAUAAGAUAGUUUGAAUUUUCAUGUGCUCUAAAAAAAAAAAAAAAAUUUCUUUUUUUUUUUUUUUAUGUUAGGGUAUCAGGAACGAUGACAAGAUUUUAUUGGCGAGUUGUAUCCAAAUUGAAAAACAACAACAAAAACCUAGCCUUUAAGUCAGCUAGCUUGGGGAAACCCUGACAUCUGGGGAGUUUAUGCACUCUGAUGCUCUACCUAGAAUUAGUUUAGUUCCAGGUAUGAGAAACCUGCCUGUAUAUAUAUAGCGGUAGAAUGACUUGCUGCUUAGAGCAUUUAACUUAAUUGCUUUUUAGGGACAAAGCGUAAUUCUAGCAGGAGUUUCAUUUCUUUGAACUAAGGUGUUAAUCUUGUCAAUCUUUUGAUAACAUGCAAAUGAUAUUCAGGUUUAUUAGGGUGUUUUCAUUUGGUGCCUUUAAUAUGAGUGGAUUUGUUACAUGACUUUUUUUAAGGAAUUGGUAGCUGUCAUCAAGCACUUGCAAAAAGAAAUUCCAUCUUACCCUACUGUGAAACGGGAACUCCCCUCUGCACGUGAUUCAGCCCUGCAGCCUGUGGGCAGAAGGCUGUUGUUGGCAAAGCCAGAGUCACACGCAUAAAAGUUCAGGGAAGUUCAGGUUAGACUGAACCAGAAAGAGUCUGAACCAAUAGUGAGAAUAAAGCCUCUUCCUGCAUUUCACUAGGGGAACAAGCAUGUUUUGCAGGACUUUAAUAAUUGGAUUUCUAAAGCAAUCAAUUCUCGAGAAACUGAUCGUCUCAUCAAUUCUGAGCUAGGAUCUCCAAGCAGGGCGGACCCUCUCGGUGGUGACAUCCAGCUGGAAGCCUGGCGCCCGUCUGCACCCCCAUCCCGCCUCCGCUGCGUAGACACAUUCAGGGGGCUCGCUCUCAUAAUCAUGGUCUUUGUUAAUUAUGGAGGAGGAAAAUAUUGGUACUUCAAACAUGCAAGUUGGAACGGACUGACAGUGGCUGACCUCGUAUUUCCAUGGUUUGUAUUUAUUAUGGGGUCUUCGAUUUUUCUGUCAAUGACUUCCAUACUGCAGCGGGGAUGUUCAAAAUUCAAACUGCUGGGGAAAAUUGCGUGGAGGAGUUUCCUGCUGAUUUGCAUAGGAGUUGUCAUUGUGAAUCCCAAUUAUUGCCUUGGUCCAUUGUCUUGGGAUAAGGUACGAAUUCCUGGUGUGCUGCAGCGGCUGGGAGUGACUUACUUUGUGGUUGCCGUGUUAGAGCUCCUCUUUGCUAAACCUGUGCCUGAAAAUUGUGCCUCGGAGAGAAGCUGCUUUUCUCUUCGGGACCUCACAGCCAGCUGGCCACAGUGGCUCUUCAUCCUGACGCUGGAAAGCAUUUGGCUGACCUUGACAUUCUUCUUACCAGUUCCUGGAUGCCCUACUGGUUAUCUUGGCCCUGGUGGCAUUGGAGACUGGGGGAAGUAUCCGAAUUGUACUGGAGGAGCUGCUGGUUACAUGGACCGUGUGCUUCUGGGAGAUGAGCACCUUUACCAGCAUCCUUCUUCUGCUGUGCUGUACCACACUGAGAUGGCCUACGAUCCAGAAGGAAUCCUAGGAACCAUCAAUUCCAUCGUGAUGGCAUUUUUAGGAGUUCAGGCAGGAAAAAUACUACUGUAUUAUAAGGAUCAGACCAAAGACAUCGUGAUUAGAUUCACUGCCUGGUGUUGUAUUCUAGGGCUUACUUCUGCUGCUUUGACGAAAGUUUCUGAAAACGAAGGUUUUAUCCCAGUAAACAAAAAUCUGUGGUCCAUUUCCUAUGUCACUACGCUGAGCUCUUUUGCCUUCUUCAUCCUGCUGGUCCUGUAUCCCAUUGUGGAUGUGAAGGGACUGUGGACAGGAACCCCGUUCUUUUACCCAGGAAUGAAUUCCAUUCUGGUGUACGUUGGCCAUGAGGUAUUUAAGAACUACUUCCCCUUUCAGUGGAAGCUAGAGGAUAACCAGUCGCACAAAGAGCACCUAACUCAGAACAUCGUCGCCACCGCCCUCUGGGUGCUCAUUGCCUACAUUCUCUACAAAAAGAAGGUUUUUUUUAAAAUCUGAUUGCUCCCGCUAACUGGCAGACUCUAGAAGGCCUGGGAGAGGAUUGAGACAGCCUUUACUCAAGGGCAUUAUUGAUUGUAUAAAGAUGCUGUUGUGCUCAAGCUGGUUUACUAUGACAUGGCGCAUCAGAACUCUGCCUGUAUGUUUGUGACUUACGUGCUUCCGAUGUCAUCGUCUUUUGUUCUCCAUCUUCUAUAUAAAUGGAUGUAUUUGGAACUUCAGUUUAAGGAGAUCUCAUUUAACUUUCCGAGAGGGAAUUACCAUGGACAUCUUGCUUCUCUGAUGGCUAAGACAAUCUAAGGACUGGUUCUUAUUGACCUUGUUUUCCUGCCGACUGCCUUUUUGUAUGUGCACGUGCCAACAAAGAGUACCAUCAUUUCUAUUGCGGCUGACUCUGAAGCUUACUGUGUGUGAUAUGUAGUAACAUAGUAUAAUAUUUUUCAUUUAAGUGCAGUUUGAUGUUUCAAGAAAACCAGAGUAAUUUCCUCAGAAGCCAUUUUCUCCUCUUCUUCACUGAAAAAAAAAUGUUAAAAUACAGCUGUUAUUCCCACUCUUCCUUAUAA